AUGCCUCCACGCAAGGAAUCCUCUUCGGCUGAGGAGGCUAUCCAAAACCUCUGCGAUAAACUCGAUCAAUCCAAUGCCCGCUCCGAUGCUCAGUUUCAAGCCCUGCAAUCUGCCCUCCAGCAACAAAUGGAACUUUCCAACAAGUUGCUUUCAUCUCUGGCGCUUGAAAAAGAGACGAAGACCACCAGGAACUUGUCGUUUGGUUCCUUUGGCCCCGGCUCUUCGGACUCCAACCAUCCCCGUCAACCGAAAGUAACUCUUCCUUCCUUCGAUGGGUCUAAUCCCUUGGAUUGGAUCUUCCAAGCUAACAACUUUUUCAAGUAUUUCAAAAUUCCCGACACCGAACGCGUCCACCUGACCCAGUUCUAUUUUACCGGUGAAGCCUUGAGUUGGUACAAGUAUCUCGAUAACAAUGAUCUCCUUGGCUCAUGGCCGGAGUUCUCCCGUGAAUUGGAAUUGCGUUUUGGACCCUCCUCAUACGCAAAUCACCAAGCCGCCUUGUUCAAGCUUACACAAUCCACUACUGUUACCGCCUACCAAACCGAAUUCGAACGUCUAUGCAACUUCGUUGUGGGACUUCCCAAAGAUGCCUUACUCAACUGUUUCAUCUCCGGCCUCACACCUGAAAUUCAGUCCGAACUCGCCAUCUAUAAACCAACCACCUUGCAUCAGGCUUAUGGCCUUUCCAAACUCGUUGAAGAUAAACUCAACAUCUCGAAACCGUCUUUCUCUUCAAACCGAUCCUUUACACCUAAGACCUCGUCCACCUACUCAUCCAACCAAACGUCCACCACAACUACUAAUACUGCCAAACCUCUACCAUCACCAUCUGCCCCACUGUUACCCAACCCACCAGCCGCUGCAACCACCUUACCGUUCACUAAACUCUCCCUCGAAGCCUUGCAAAAACGUCGUGCCGAAGGGUUAUGCUUUCGCUGCCCAGAAAAGUAUACCCCGGGUCACAAAUGUAACCCACCCAACUUUCUGUUGAUCGCCGACAAUGAAGACGACCCCUCAACCCCGGAUCCAACCGUGCAACUGCCACCGCCAACCCCAAACAAUGAUCCCAACCAAUUUUUUUCUCUGUCACCGGCAGCCUUUAUGGGUUUUCCAUCACCACAAGCUUUACGUGUUACCGGGUAUGUCAACAACCAGGCCGUCCAAGUUCUCAUCGACUGCGGUAGUACCCACGACAUCAUUCAACCACGGAUCGUUUCAUUCUUGAAACUACCACAGGUACCGAUCCCCUCGUUCUCGGUUAUGGUCGGAAGUGGUGAUCAUAUUGUUUGCCAGGGCAAGUGCCCAGAAUUUACCAUUCACUUAUAUAAUACCCCAUUUCAGAUACCGGUUUUUGUUAUGCCGGUGCAAGGCGCUGAUGUAAUCUUAGGGUUGUCUUGGCUAAGCACGUUAGGACCACUAAUGGCUGACUUUUCAAUUCCUCAAAUCACAUUUAAUGUUGGCCAUAAAGCUGUAACCCUACGUGGAGAAAGCCACUCAAACCAAGUCUCACCUAAUUCCCUUCAAAACCUAAUACAAAAAAAUAGUGUUGCUUCAUUGCAUGCUAUAUUUUUUCAAUGUGAAACCCAUGCACAACCACUCACACAACACCAUGACAUCCACAUUCAACAACUGUUAGCCAAAUACCAAAUAAUCUUUGACAUCCCAAAACAACUACCACCUAACCGUAGCCACGACCACCAUAUCCCUACCGUUCCAUCAUCUAAACCGAUUAAUGUGAAGCCCUAUCGGUACCCUCACUACCAAAAGCAAGUGAUGACAGCCAUGAUUCAGGAAAUGCUUAAGGAGGGGGUCAUUCAACCAAGCCAAAGCCCUUAUUCGUCACCAGUCUUGUUGGUAAAAAAGAAAGACGGGUCGUGGUGA